AUGGGAGAAGUCCAGAAGGGUUUGUUUUCCGUCAUCGAGAAGCUAAAGGGCACUACAGAGCAAGAACUUCGCAUAGUCUUGCUCGGUUUGGAUAAUGCUGGAAAAACCACUUUGCUCAAACAGCUGGCCUCUGAAGAUGUAAACACCAUCACCCCGACUCAGGGUUUUAAUAUUAAAAGCGUCUCCUGCGAUGGCAUGAAGCUCAACGUGUGGGACAUCGGAGGCCAGAGGAAGAUUCGCCCCUUUUGGAAAAAAUACCUGGAGAACACAGAUUUAUUGAUCUAUGUGAUUGACAGCGCAGACAAAAAGAGAUUUGAGGAAACAGGACUGGAGCUCUCAGAACUCAUCGAUGAGGAGAACCUCAAGGGUGUGCCAUUGCUCAUCUUUGCCAACAAGCAGGACCUGGCCACAGCCUCCCCAGCCAGCGAGAUCGCUGAGGGCCUCAACCUACACACAUAUCGGGACAGAGAGUGGCAGAUCCAAGCCUGUUCUGCUGUAGAUGGAGAAGGUGUACAGGAUGGCAUGAACUGGAUCAUCUAUAAUAUUGUAAAGAAGAAAUGA